CGAACUCGGAACAGAAAACAAGCAGCUUCUGAGGUGGCUACUGGCGAUUAGCUAAAAGCCAUGGCGUUUGUUGUUAAGACAGUGUUUUUCGCCGCGCUGGCAUACAGCGCAAGUGCUGGUUAUUUGUCCGGUCACGGCUCUGACUCCUAUGUAUCAUCAGCUUUGAAUGCCCCAUCUGCGUCAUACGGACCACCGUCAGCAUCUUAUGGACCACCAGGUCCUGGUCCUUCGGGCGCAGAUCUUAGUGGCCCGGGAAGCAUUGGCGGAGGUUUAGAAGAGCACCAUCACUCUGUCGUCGAACAUGGCCCAGCUAUUAACGACCAUGGUCCUUCUUUCAACGACCAUGGCCCAUCUAUCCACGACCACGGCCCUAUUGACGGUGGCUUCAGCGGUAACUCCGGUUUGAACGGCGGUGUUGUUGGUGGUCCCUUGAACGGUGGAUUUGUUCCAUCUAACUUUGGAUCUGCAGUCGACGGUGGGGCUAUUUCUGGACAAGGAUUUGGUGUAGGCGGUUCUGGUUAUGCUGGUUCUGGUCCCGAGGGUUCUUCGAUUGGAUCCGAUUUCGGUGGUUCAGCUAUUGGAGGUGGAGUUAUUGGAGGCCCAGUUGUAGGAGGUGGCCCUGUCGGAGGACCAGUUGACAUUUCUGGUCCUGCUGUAGUCAACGGUGGUGCUGUUAUUGGACAAGGAUUAUCUGGGCCCGGUGUCGUAACUAACGUCGCUGUUGGUGCACCAAGAGUGAUCGGAACAAGUGUGACUGUUGGUCGCCCUGAUGCUGCUUCAACGAGGUACGAGCUCCAGUCCGUGGUUCAGAACAUCGUCCGCCGUAUUCCUGUUGAAGUUACCCGUCACGUCCAAGUUGCCGUCCCUCAGGCCGUACCUGUUCCAGUGCGCCAAGAAGUCAGAGUGCCAGUUCCACAACCCUACCCCGUCCACGUUGAUGUUGUGAAGCACGUGCCUUACCCAGUGUACAAAACACACCACGUUGAAGUUGAAAGACCUGUUCCAGUUGAAGUUGUCAGGAAAGUGCCUUUUGAGGUCAUCAGGAAAGUCCCCGUCCCCGUAGAGAGGCCCUAUGAGGUCAUCAAGAAGGUUCAUGUGCCCGUCGAAAAGCACGUCGAAGUACCAGUUCCCGUCUGGAAGCCAUACCCAUUACACAUCAUCAAACACGUCACUCACUACAAGAAAAAGAGCUGCUGCUGGUAAAAGGAGAAAUUGAGUCGUUUUCGUGCCAAAUAGUCAAUAGCCUGUAAA